CUUCAUCUCAAUCCCGAACCCGUAGCUAGGGAUUAAUUGUUUAAGAUGAGAACAAUAAGGUUUUGCCGGCUGAUCUGAGAUAUAGGAAUUUCGGUCAAACUUUUCCUUUGAUAGAGAGUGAUGGCAAGCGGACUUAUUCACCCCGCGGUGGCCCAUCUUUCAUCCUUGUUGGGAACAUGGAGAGGCGAAGGAGAGGGAGGGUUUCCAACCAUCGGCUCCUUCAAAUACGGCGAAGAGAUUCAUUUCUCUCAUAACGGAAUCAAGAAGCCAGUGAUAGCUUAUUCCCAGAAAACAUGGAAGCUGGACUCUGGAGAGCCAAUGCACUCUGAGAGCGGUUUCUGGAGAAUGAAGCUUGAUGGCUCCAUUGAAGUUGUAAUUGCUCAGAGCACCGGUCUUGUUGAAGUCCUGAAAGGAAAAUAUAAUGAACAAGACAAAGUUGUGAAGCUUCAGAGUGAACUUGUGGCCAAUGCUUCUAAGGUGAAAGAGAUUAUUCGAACUUUCAAGAUAGCGGAAGACAAGAUCUCAUACAAUGUUGAAAUGGCGACUCUUCUCACCUGUCUUCAGACACAUCUUACAGCAUCUCUUAAGAAGCUGUGACCAAUAAUGUUCGAAUCAGUGAUAGCAAGUUUGAUAUUUUAAUUAUGUUUAAUUUUCAUUCAUGGGAAAUUCUGCUUCAAAAGAUUCACCUUUGAACAUUAAAUAGAUCUUAGUUUUGUAUUGGGCUGGUUAAGUUGGUGUGAAAGUAUUGUCCAAUUCACAAAGAUGAAGGCUUUUUGUGAGGCUUGAGCUUACAAUGAUUGAAAUUAUCAAUGUUUCUGGUUGAGCAUAAAGUUAUUUUCUAGA